GGUAAUCACAAAAGCCUCAAGAUAUUAUCUAAAUGAAACAUAAAUGCCCCAUGUCUUAAUACAAUAAGGCCCAAUCAACAAAUUAUGCUUCCAAAGAUAUUUUUUUAAAAAUAAUUAAAAUGAACAAACAGAAAAACGACCGAGAGCAAAGAUCGGCCACGACCACAAUACGCGGAUCGAUGAAUACAAUGGGAAAAUCUGUAAGCUCUAUGAAGAUGGCUGCUAAGAAGAUGCAACACGGCCUCCUAACGGCGCUCCUUCUGUUAAUUAUAGUUCCUGUCGGUGAGGGGGUUUGGCUAGACGUGCCUACCACGGGAACAAAGUGUGUGUCUGAAGAAAUCCAGAGCAAUGUAGUCGUCUUAGCCGAUUAUAUCAUUAUCUCCGAAGAUGAUUCUUUAUUACCCACUAUAUCCGUCAAGGUGACGUCCCCAUACGGCAAGAACCUGCACCACAUGGAAAACGUGACGGUUGGGGAAUUUGCAUUUACAACGCAAGAAUCAGGGAACUACAUGGCGUGCUUUACGGCAGAUACAAAGAGUCACGGAAACAAAAACGUUAGCAUCAGCGUUGACUGGAAAACUGGAAUCGCUGCUAAGGAUUGGAAAAAUAUUGCUAAGAAAGAGAAGAUCGAGGGAGUGGAGCUGGAGAUACGGAAACUUGAAGCCUCAGUGGAAGCCAUCCAUGAAAAUCUAGUCUACAUAAGAAACAAAGAAGCAGAUAUGAGGACAGUGAGUGAGAAAACGAACUCGAGAGUAGCUUGGUUCAGUACAAUGUCGAUGGGUAUUUGCAUUGCUGUCUCUGGUAUACAAGUAGUCUACUUGAAGCAAUACUUUCAGAAGAAGAAGCUUAUCUAAGCUGCUUUUUGACUCAUCCACACCCCUGUUUUAAGAGCUUUUUUGUUGGGUUCAAAGUAAUAAUUACUUCAGGGCUAUAAGCCAAUAAACAGAUUUUUCAUUUCUUCAAAAAAAAUUUAAAAAAUGAUCCGUAUAACUAUUUAUUGUGCAUGUUUUCCACUAGAACAAAACUUAGGUUCACCCCAUAGGAUGAACUUUUAAAUUCACCUCUCAUUCUAGAACCAAUCAAAUUGCCACGUAGAUAAUUAAUUAAAAAAUAUUAAAUUUAUUUUAAAAUAACUAAAAAAAAUAAUGCUAAUUUUAACAACGCUGACACCGCCAUCUAAACCGUAAACCCGAAAUCUUAAUUUUUUAACCCUAAACCGUUAUUCUAAAACCCAAAUUCUAUACCCUAAACCCAAAUCCUAAACCCUAAAACCAAACUGUAUAUUCUAAACCCAAAUCCUAGACCCUAAACUCAAACAGUAAACC